GUCACUUCCUGUGUUUAUGUUUACCUUAAUACUGCUGAUGAAGGUUAUGAUAGAAACAUGUUAUGUACUUAAUAAGUUUAAAUAUACCAAAUGAGCGUGUUUUACGGUAAAUACGAUACGAACUAUAUGAUGGCGGACCCUCCACCAUAUUCAGAAUUACGAGAUGAAAGAUGUCCUAUUUCUCCUGGUAAAAGCAAACAACAGACGAUCUACGUUCAAGGACCACCAAUAAUCAUUCAGAUCUUCCGGGAUACUCCUGUCCGAAUACAGUGCCAGUACUGUCAAGCGGAAGUGUUCACAGCUACUCACCACGAAAAUGGUGCCGUCACGUGGCUCGCGUGUUUAGGCAUAAUGCUUGUACUGCCAUUAGGCUGUUGCCUUAUACCUUUCUUCAUUGACGGUACCAAAGACGUCGUUCAUACCUGCCCUAACUGUUACCAGGAGGUUGGCAAGUGGAGUCGUUUAUAGAAGUAUAUCUUCAAAAUAAAUACACACGUUUACGAAGUUAUAUGUGCUUUAACUACGCCAUUCAAACGUGCAUGCUUUAAUACGCUCAUAUUGAAAUGAAUGUUAAAGAAAUAUUGUAUCCGAAUAAGUAUAUAUAUAUAUAUAUAUAUAUAUUGUUGUUUGUUUGUUUAUGUGUAUACAUGUAAUUAUGUUUAAUACAAAUAUAAACAAUGUACUUUUCUUGAAUAUAAAAUCUUAUCAGGCUUUGCGAGAUAUAUGUUUUGUUGUUUCAUAUGUAGAUUUAUAAUAAACUUAAUGCGUUUUGAAUUAAUUUAACGCGUAUAAUUAAUAUUUACGUUUUCUCACAGUAAAUGUCGCCAACGUUCAUAAAAAUCCUCAUACACUCGUACAUAAUUAGAGUAAAUCAAUUGUUCCCAUACAUUCACGUAACAUGUUAACAUAAUAGUUGCAGCUGUCGCAACUUGAGCAUUGUAUAAGCAAACUAUGUAACAGAUGUUGUUGCAAUCUUAAUGAGUCACUCUAUGGGAAAACGGUACGUAAUGCAUGCCGUGCUUUGUGAAAAGGGGAUUUAAUGCAAGUGCGUAAAGUGUCGUCCGCACAGGCUAAUCAGGGGUGACACUUUCAGCCUAAACUAAAUUUUUGCUAAGGAGAGACUUUCUUUAAACGAAAAAUAUAAUGAAAGCGGAAAGUGUCGUCCCUGAUUAACCUGUGCGGACUGCACAGGCUAAUCUGGACGACACUUAACGCACAUGCAUUAAACCCCAAUGUCACAGGGCAAGGCUAAAAUAAUUGUAAAACAAGAACACUGAAGCUUUUAAAGAGUACUGAGCCUUUUCAUCAUUUGUGUAUUAAUGAUUUGAAUGUGUUGAAAAAAGGCUUGUAACAAAUAAAACAAAUAACAAAAAGGCGGAAUUUUAUAUAACUGACAUAUGUUAAAUUUAAAUUAACUUUAACAAAACGAAUCAAAACCUUGAAACGUGUAUACAUUCACCAAUCGUGUCAUACAUUGUAUAAAAAAUAAAGCAUAAAGUUGA